AUGAUUCCUUCAUUUCAACAACCAAAAAAAAUAAGAUAUGAAUUAACAAUCAAAUGUCAAGUUAAAAAAAAAAGUGAUCUAUGUGUAGUACUUUCAGAGAAAAUUGAAAAAUGGAAUCAAGUUGGUAGAACCGAGGUUGCUAAAAAUACAUCUUCCUUAAAUUUCAAACAUGCAAUAACAAUUUAUUAUCAGCCAGAGAAAUCCCAGCAUUUAUCAUUUAGCAUAUUAGAUGUUAGUGAUGAAAACUUUGAAUUUAUAGCAGGUGAAAAAUCAUAUGGUUGUUUUAAUACUACACUACGCAAUUUAAUUUCAAGUCCUGGUAAUAAAAUGAAAGACAGCUCAGGUAGUUCAUAUACCAUCGAGGUUCAAGCACAUGAAGUACCAGAAUCAACAAGCAAUAUAAUUCUUAAAGUUGAGGGCGAUAACUUUGAUAAAAAAGAUCUAUUUUCAUCAGAUCCUUAUUUUAUCAUAUUAAAAGAUGUGGAAGGACAUGGCCUAGUUUCCAUUUAUAAAAGUGAGAUUAUAAAGAAAUGUUUAUCACCAAUCUUUUUACCAAUUAAUUUAAAGCUUUGUGCAUUUAAUUCAAAUGAUAUGAACAGAAAAAUCAAAUUUGAAUUUUAUGAUCACAACAAAAUAUCAAGUGACGAACUUAUUGGUGAAUUUUAUACAACUACAAAUACAUUGGUAGAAAGCAUAAGAGAAUUUGAAAUCAUUAACCCAAAGAAAUCCUCAAAAUCAAACUAUAAAAAUUCAGGUUUGGUUAAAUUUAAAGAGGUAACAAUUGUAACAACACCAACUAUUUAUGAUUAUAUUAAUGGUGGCUUCAAAAUCAAUUUAAUGCUGGGUAUUAAUUGUGGAGCUUCAAGUGAAAACAUUCAUGAUAUCAGUAAUAUUGAGUCAAAUCAGUAUAUUCAAGCCAUUCAAGAAAUAUGUGACAUCCUAAAGCCAUACAAUACAAGUGGAAAAAUAAAUAUUCAAGGUUUUGGUUGCAACCAUGAAGGCCCAAAUGAAUAUAAUGAACCAUGUUAUUGCAAACCUUUUAAAUUUUGCCCAGAGGCUCCACAGGUGGAAACUGCUCAAAAUGUGGUUGGCUUGUAUUUGGAGAAUAUUGGAAAGUAUAGUUUUAAAAGCCCCUCAAAUUUUAGUGAACUUAUCAAGUAUGCUUGUAAAAAGGUCAUUUUUACACACGGAGAAAUACCACAAUGUAUUUAUAGAAGUGAGGCCAUUCUUGCCGUUCAUGCUGCAUCAACAGCACCAAUAUCUAUUAUCAUUGUUGGGGUUGGCAAAGAUGGAUUUCAAUUUACAAGUUUGUUAGAUGGUGAUAAAAAUACAAUUAGAGAUUCUAAAUAUCAAGCAUGGAAAAGAGAUUGUGUUCAAUUUGUUCAAUUUAACCAUCACAGAGAAGACCCACAAACAUUUGCAUAUCAGGUAAUAGAGGAGCUUCCAACCCAAUUUUUAUCUUAUGUAGACAUGGAAAAAAUUCUACCACCAAGAUAA